CACGCACAGCCGCGUCUCUUUAUCAUCCCUCCACUCUGUCAUCAUCACCCACACCACCACCACUACCGCCUUGGUCGUGUCCACGCCAACAAAUCAAGACUCCACCGAGCGCACCGUCGUUUCGGGCCAUCAUCGUUCGUCCCUCUCGCGACUUCUGCUUCGCGGGGAAACGACGCGCCGCACCGUGCUCCGGCGAAACCUCCUCCGGUGGCCCUGCUCCGUCGCCGAUCACGCAAAGGCGCAGGGAAAAUGAGCCAGGUGUUCGAAGGAUACGAGCGGCAGUACUGCGAGCUGUCGGCGAAUCUGUCGAGGAAGUGCACCUCGGCGUCGGCCGCCGAUGGAGAGCUGAAGAAGCAGAGGAUUUCCGAAAUAAAAGUUGGAAUCGAUGAGGCGGAAUCUUUGAUUCGGAAAAUGGACAUGGAGGCGAGAAGCUUGCAGCCCAAUGUCAAAGCAGUGCUCCUCGCCAAAUUGAGGGAAUAUAAAUCCGAUCUGAACAACCUGAAAAGUGAAGUUAAGAGACUUUCAUUGGGUAAUGUGGCUGCUCGAGAUGAGCUGCUGGAAUCAGGAAUGGCCGACACUCUGACGGCAUCAGCAGAUCAAAGAACCAGACUGGUGACAUCUACAGGAAGAUUAAAUCAUUCUGGUGAAAGAAUUAAGGAAAGUAGAAGGACCAUGCUCGAGACGGAGGAGCUUGGUGUUUCAAUUCUUCAAGACUUGCAUCAACAGAGACAGUCUCUCUUACGCGCCAACAACACGCUUCAUGGAGUGGAUGACAACAUUGGUAAGAGCAAGAGAAUUUUGACUGCCAUGUCUCAGAGGAUGAACAGAAACAAGUGGAUCAUUGGCUCAAUAAUUGCAGUUCUUAUCAUUGCUGUCGGACUGAUAUUGUACUUCAAACUCAAGUAGUGAGGCAUUCUAAUGUUUGCUGUGGUUUUGACUUUUGGUUUGAAGUGUGGGGUGUUUGUUUUUGUUGUCUUCUUUGCCUGUUGAGCGAUAACAUCAAAGAAAUUUAUGCCGCGAUCUCUUCUGUAUCCUGUUUUUGCUUGAACUGCUGAUACUUCUCAGUUUCCUUCUGUGCACUGUUCUGAUGAUAUAUAAAAGCAUGAUUUGGAUUA